AUGUUGAGCAGCUACAACAGCUUGACCCCUCGACUGCUGCUGAACACUGCAGCAGGACCCGUAGCGCUCCAUGAGCCUGUCGAGUGUCUAAUAGUCGAAGAAGAAGAGCCGGAAUUUAUUCUGGGUCAAGAUGUACUGUUAUCCCUUGGGAUUGAUGUCGACCGGCAACUCGAACAGCUAGCGAACCGGGUCAACGACGUAGACGACGGUGACACUGAGCUGAAAGACGAUCUACCGGACCUAGCCCAUCCAGGUACGGAUGAGGAACUAAGUGAAGCACUCGACCGACUGGUGACGAUGGCCCUAGCAAAUGGGUUUCCGCAUAAGUUGGAAGAGAAGCUUCGCGACAUCGUUCUGAAACAUGACAUUUGGAGGCUAGAGGUCCAGUUCGAAAAGGCGUUAGGU